AUGGCAUUCCACAUGCAGAAAGCCCGGGAGGACUCUGAGGACUCAGAGUGUCCGGUUUGUUAUGAGUGUCUGCCGGACUCAAAGAGGACCCUGAGCUGUGGACACGUCUUCUGCCACGACUGUCUGGUCAAAACCCUGGUCAGCGUCCACGGAGACGGCGUCGUCAGGGACACCAUCGUCUGUCCUAUCUGCAGACACCUCACUUUCAUUAAAAAGCAAAAGGCGGACGCGGAGUCCCUCAUCGGGGAGAAGGACGGGGGCGAGCGGCAGACUCUGGAGGUGCCCGUCCCCCUCCCGCCGGGGGACGCGCACCUCCGCAGCGCCUCCGCCGACGCUUUACCGGCGGGCUUUAACAGGGCGCUGCGCUGCCUUAGGGGGGUUUCGGAGCGAGUGCGACGUCAGAGGGUGGUCGGUCCCGGCCAAAAUGACUCUCAGAUCUUCGUCAUCAGCGCCCAGGGCCGACCCAUGGCCGAAGAGGAGGCGGUGGGCGUUGUGGUGACUGUAGUCCGGCAGCGCCUGCACCCAAGACGCAGGGUUUGCACGGCGGGGCGGUGUUUGCUCUUGCUGCUUUCCAUAUUCACCAUACUCGCCCUGGUGGCUGCUACCUUACCUUGGAUCCUGCUGGCGUAGCGAGACUCGGAGACACGGCGCAGUGUCCCGGAUCCCUCGCGGUGGGGCAUGCGCGGAAUUCCUCUCGGAGAUGCUCGAUAAAGAAACGAGUGCCAAAGUGCCAG